AUGCCACCUGCUGCUACUAGAACAGGACGGAGAGGUUUAAGGUCCCGACAAAAGGACGUCAAUGAUGUAGACAGUCCUGGUACUGUUAGUACGAUGCCGGAGUUAACUGCUGGAACUGAUAGCGUAGCUAAACAGGAUGACUUGAAUUCAUCGCCCGUGAAAUCGAAAUCUGUAAAGAGGACCAUGACUAGUGGGGAAAAGAUUACCUAUGGAAGCGACUGCUCUUCAUCGCCAAUAAAGAGAAAAAAGAUGGUUGUGUUCUCAGAUGAUCUUGUCAUACCCAGCUCGCCAAAUACAAAAGGCAGCAAUACCAAUGGCAUGCUGCCACUUAAAUCUAUAUUAAAGCUAGAAAACAGCACUUUGAGCUUUGGCAUGUCUGCUCCGUCAACUUGGGCUAAAGAGGACGACCUUGAAAGCGAUAAGAACCCCGCUAAUCCAGACUUCUGGCAAGUGGGGACAAUUAUACAGUUGAAGCCUGGAUCUCCUGAACUAAGUCGUUUAGUAGCUGGAAUUGUAAACGUCUUGGAAAACGAGAAUUUUCCAAGAAAGUUUGAAGUUUAUGCUGCUUUGAAUCAUUUAUGUAGGGUCAACAGCCUGGAAACAUUGUACAAUGUAUUUAUAAUAUCACCAAGCGAAAGGGAGAGGAAAUUGGUUUCCAAAAGCCCAGAGAAGUCAUUCAAAACCACUAAUCAUAUCUAUUCCUUAUGUAAGUAUAUUCAAAGAGAUCUUACUAGCUUGGAAAAUGAAUUAUUCGAGCAAGCUGGUCCAGAUACUAAGAUAGAUCCAUUUUGCACUCGUAUAAUCAACCAAGCAUUAAAACUUAUGGCAUUCUUGAUGACAGACCAAGAUUUGAACAAUUUCAUAUCGAUAGAGCAUUCAAGAUGGUUCUAUUUACAUUCCUGUGAUAUGACAAUUAAACCAACUCUUUCGAAAACCCUUGUUCUUUCGUACUUGGUUAUUUUAAAGGAUUGCAAAUUUUCCAAUGCAAAAAAGAAACAGAUGUUUGACAAUCCCAAUAAUAGCAAACUCGAAAACAUCCCAGAGAGGAUAUUAUUCUCUCUUCUUAAUAUGAACGGAUUUUCAUCUUCAUCACUUGUGGUUGAAAAAUUUGUUUCACUCAAGAACUUGAUUGUGAAUUUCCCCACGAUGAUGGCUAAAAACGUAAAUCAUUGGUUUAUGGUACUUGUAGUGAACUUGUGUGAUUUAAACUCCCCAUUGUUUAGUAAGAUAGCGACGAUGGGUAUCCAGACUUUACUUGAAAGUGCAAAAAACUUCAUUGAUAAUAAAAAUGUUCAAUUCACCGUACGAAAGUUCUUGUCCACAAGUCUCCCACACGAAGUGAAAUCAUUAUCCUCAGAUAGCAAAAUAAUACCGUCAUCCCAAUUUAUAAUGGAGGACAGUAGCGAACUGGAAAGUAAGGCGGGAAUUUUGGCCUUUGAUUUUGUGACGAGUAACCUUGAAGAAUUGAUAAGAAAUGGACAAUAUAAAUCGGCGAUGGACAUAUGGGUUGCACUUACCUUAUUGACAGGCGGGAAUAAUUCAAACGGCAGUGGAUACGAGACUUGGCCAUUCUUGGCAAGAUGGCUUAAGAUACAUAAACUUUGCUUCAAUCAACAAGACAAUUUUGCGAAAACUAUUGCCUUGACAAGCUGGAAAGGAAUUAUAUAUAAUAUUUGUCACAAUGAUUUGGACAACCUUAAGAAGCAUAACGACUACAUUUUAAUUAAAAAUGCAGGACAACAACAGCAACAGCAACAAAUACAACAACAGAGUUCCCCUUUUCAGUCUUCUAAUUUAGGGGAGUCCUCAACAGCUCUUUUAAAUUUAUUGAAGCCAAAGAUAAAACUUCUUUUGCAUCCCUUACUUAAUGUGACUGCAGUGGAGAGCCAGAAAGAUAUAAUUGACAUUUUGCAUAAUUUAUUCUUAUCUAUCCUUUACACGUUGUUAAACAAGAAUAACACGGUUACGAAUAACAAUUCAAACGUAAAUGCAAACCCAAACAACGCAAAUAACAUCAAGUUUUUUCACAUUUAUUGGGAUAAAAUCAUUCAGCCUAUUUUGGCCAAUUUUUACUUCAAAAAAGGAUACUCAAAUUCUUAUAUGAAUGAGCUUGGUAUAAAUAUCAUCUGCAAGUUGUUGAAAUCAAAUGAAUACAAUAAUAGCAGUAGCAAUUUCAAUGAUUUAAUGUGCCUUUCAAAUGAGCCUGUCUCUGUGUCCGAUAUCAGUCCACUUCCUCCUAAAUGGGCGUUCAAUAAAUUUGACAGAAUUAUGCAAAAUUUAGUUCUAGUAUUCAAGCUUGACAACUCUCUUGCACUUGAUACAAAAAUAGGUUUCUUUAUGACCUUCUUAAGCAAUAUAAAAGUUAUCACUAAGAAAGAAAUUAAGCCUAGUAACUCAACCAGCGAUAUAAUCGAUAAUUUGCCCUAUAUUUUGAAAGUUAUGUUUGAAAGCAAUACAUUAAGUUUUGAUCAAAUUUACAAGGUAUUAAUUGCAUUGAAUGAUACAUUUGGACCAGCAAACUUGAUCGGUAAAGAAAAUUCUGUAAAUACCACAGCAAGUAACAGUGUCUAUUUUGAUAUUGCAAUUGGAAUUAGAACUGACGAAGAGUUAAGUGUUCAGGAAUCUUAUGAGUUAUAUGGUCUCAUGUAUUCUUCAAUUGGUGAUAGGGAGAAUCUUUGCUUCUUAAAGGAUUUGAUUCAAUUAGAAUUGAAUGAAAAUACUAACGAGGUUUUACGGAUAGAUAGUAGCAUCGAGGAAGAUAAAGAGAAUGAAAAUCCAAGCAAAAGCUCAUCAGAAGUAAAGCAAUCACUUAGUAAUUCAUCCUACAGUCAAUUUUUUUCAUUGAAACCCUUUUACCAGCCAAUUUUAAAUAACCGAAGAAUCAACAAGAGUUCAAAUUCUGAACUCAACACUUGUUCCAUAAUAUUCCAAAAUAUCGAAAGCGAUUUUGAAUUGAUAGCUAAGAGACUAAUUCAAGACAUUGUCAUGGGGACUUCGGAAGAAUUCGAAAGGCUCGUUGGUACACUAAAAGUAUCUAAAUGGACGAUGCCAAUUUUCAAGUAUUUUAUUACUCUUAUGCAUGAUGCUCCUCAUAAUAUUAAACAAAUAACAUUAAAUUUGAUCCUUUCUAAAUGGGAAGAUAAUAUUAAUGGCGAUGAAAACUAUAUCCAAAUAUCGGAAUACUUGGUUGCAAAUAGAUUCAACUAUGAAAUAUUCAAUUUGAAGAAGAACUUGAUGAAAAAAUAUGGAGGUUUGGACUCACGAAAUCAAGAUCGUUUCAAAUGCAUUUGGUCAAACUAUUUAGAUAGCGUAGCUGAGUCUUGUAACUACGUCUUAUUGGAUGAAUUAUUACUCAGUGCCUUUGAAAUUGGUAUGGAUGUUAAACCCUAUGUUCGGAAUAAGUGGGAGAAACUUCCGAUGUUGAAGAGUGAGUGGGAACGCUUGAAUAUCAAGUUGUACAUGGAUGAAAACCUACUUUCAAUUGAUAAAGCAGCUGUUCUCUCUGAAGAGGAGUCUGAUAUAACGUUAAAUUCACUGAGUCCUUUAAGAACCCUGCCACCAAGUGAGUCACCGAUUGUGCCAGAUAAAAAGAAGGAAUCUGAAACUCCAUUGAAGACCCCAAGUAAAAUCAAAGGUAAACCAGUUAGAAAACCGAAAGCGGUAUCUAAGAAGAAGGUCACCAAGAAAACACCAACUACACAGGGCAAUACAUCAAAAACCGAUGUCACUCCUUCUGCAUUUGAUAUACAUUCUUUCACAGCAAUGUUAACUGCUAAGUUGUCUACUCCAACUUCAAACAAAGAAAAAGAACCUCAAGUUAAACAGGUUGAGACAAAAGCAGUUGAUCGAAAUGGUUCUCAAAGAUCUGAUAACCUAUUAAAAGAGAUGAAUGUAAAGGAAAAUAGGCGGGGUAUGGAUGUUACUGACAAUAGUAUUACCGAUAUGAAUAAAGAAAUACGAAUUCAGUCAAGCGAAUAUACUGGUGGGAUUGAAGAUGCCAAUGAUUCUUCAAACUCUAAAGUUUCUGAAUCAUUAGAAGACUUUCAGGCUAAUUCUUUGGAAUUCGAUGAUAACUUUGAUUAUGAGAUGUUUGUUAAAGAAGAAUUCAACAAAGAAAAAUCUCCUGAAUUGGAGGGUACAAUGGCAGAUAAAAAUUUAUUGGAUAACUUGGAAGAGGAAAGUCAGGAAACACCCGAAGACAUAAAAUUAACUAAAAAUUUAGAUAUGCCCUUGAUUGAAAAUAGAGAAGAUGAAGCUGAAGCUGACCUCGGAGCAACACGUAAGAGGAGUUAUCUACAUGAAAUGGAAGAAUCCCCUUUAAAGAAAAAAGAAAAGAAAAAUUCAACAAAAAUAAUAGACUCUAAGUUAGAAGGAGAAACCGAAAGCGUGCUAGAGGUUUCAUCUUCGGUUUCCAAAGAACAUCCCGACGAACUACCACAAGCCAAUGAAAUAAUAUCAAGCUUAGAUGAUACAGAAGGAAGUCAGUCAAAUGGGCAGCUGUUGAAAGAUAGAGAUGGCAUAUCUACUGUUGUUGCCCAAGUUCCAGCAUUAAAAAAGGAAAACUCUGUGGUAACCUUCUCAAACUUCAUAAAAUGCAUAUCAGACGAAGACAUAGCAUGCCUCUCUAGUGAGGAGAGUUUCAAGAUAGAAACGGACAUUUUGGAGUUUAUGAUCCGCAUGCGUAAUAUUAGAAGACAAAAGUCAUAG